AUGAUUCCUCCUUCCGCUAGUUCCUUGUUAGCCUUGAAGCCUAAGAACUUUGACGUUGCUGAUGCACUUCUUGGUCUUGGCGUCAAUGUGUCUGAGAUCCCUGCCUUGGUACAGGACUCAAAGCGAUCGACCACUGGGUGUGCUGCUGCCGUAAGUGAACAUUGCAAAUCACUCAAAUUCCUCUAUGGAGAUGCGGCUGUAGAGACACAAGGUGAAGUGGCAUACGAAGCCUUCACAAGCUCAUACUGGUCCGCAAACCAGGGCGAUGUCGAUCCCCAAUGCAUCUUCAAACCAUCAAAGGCAAAGGAUGUAUCUGUCGUUGUUCUCUUGUCCCGUCUAACACAAUGUCCCUUCGCGGCCAAGAGUGGUGGCCAUGCAGCCAUGGCUGGCGCGUCCUCGGCUGAGGGUGGUAUCACGAUUUCAUUCACCAACCUGAAGGGUGUCAGUCUCUCCAAGGACAAGAAGGUUGCUUCUAUUGAGCCUGGCAAUACCUGGGGCCCUGUGUUUGAGGAGCUUUCCAAGUCGGACGUCACUGUUAUUGGAGGACGGCUGUCCAACAUCGGUGUCGGAGGACUCACAACAGGAGGCGGUAUCUCCUACUUCUCCAACCUGCACGGCUGGGCUUGCGACAACGUUGACAGUUACGAGGUGGUCCUGGCCAACGGUGCCAUUGUCAAGGCCAGUGCCAAGAAGCACAAAGACCUCUACUGGGCCCUCCGCGGUGGCGGCAACAACUUUGGUCUUGUCGUCAAGUUUAACCUCAAGACCGUUCCCCUUCCUGGUGGUCAGAUGUGGGGAGGCAAUCGAGCCUUCACCGAGGACAAGUUCCCCGAACUCACCAAAGCCGUCGUCGGCCUUGUCAACAACUCUCCCAAGGAUCCCAAGGCCGGUUUCUGGGCGGUCUGGGGAUCUUUGAACGGCACAAAGCUUGGUCUUCCUACUCUUUACUAUGCUGAGCCUGAUGGUGGUGAUGCAAAGAUUUGGGAUGAGAUUGGCGCUAUUACGCCCGUUUCUGAUACUACUGGGAACAAGGAUCUUGGCGCUUGGGCUAAGGAGAACAUGGAGGGUGCGCCUAUUGGUCUGCGUGAGAUGUACUAUGUCAUCUCUACCAAGGUUGACAGUGGUAUCGUCGACUUCUUCAAGGAUCUUUUCUUCGACAAGCUUCCUGAUGUUGAAAACAUCCCUGGCAUCUUCCCCAACAUAGUCGUCCAGGGUAUCACCACUCCUCAGCUCAAGAAGAUGCAGACAAACGGAGGCAACGCUCUGGGUCUUGAUGAGACGGAUGGACCCGUUCUCAUUGUUCAGCUCUGCGCCAUGUGGCUGAACAAGUCCGACGAUGAGGCCAUCUACAAGUGGAUGUCGGAUAUCAUGAGGAAGACCAAGGAGGAGUCCAAGGCUCGAGGUGUGGACAACGAUUAUCUCUACAUGAACUAUGCCAGUCAGUUCCAGGAUGUCGUCACCAACUACGGUACCGAGAACAAGGCCAAGCUGAAGAGUAUCUCCAAGAAGUAUGAUCCUCAGCAGGUCUUCCAGGUGUUGCAGCCGGGAUACUUCAAGCUGGAGGGGGCUCCCGUGCCUGACUCUGGGUACUUCUCACACUAG